AUGCGGAUCUCACUUUGAUGGGUUGUUUUCCUAGCAAAAGAAAUGCAUGUUAAUAUUUUAUUGAUAUUGACUCUGCUCUGUAUUAGAAGGCUUUGCCCUGCUGUAUGUGGAGUUCAUUUAGGCACCUGCAUCCUUCAAGGUGACCCCCAGCCACCUUCUCUUUUCAGCAAAGGAGAUUUUGUUAUUGGAGGGACUUUUACCAUUCAUUACUAUCUGAGGACAGAGAAGCGCACCUACACUGUACGGCCCCAACCACUAAUGUGCAGUGGAAGCAUGGAUUUCAGAGAGCUGCGCUUUGCUCGCGUCUUGCAGUUCGCCAUCCAAGAGAUCAACAACAACUCCGAUCUCUUGCCAGGAAUCACAUUAGGGUAUCAUAUAUAUGACUCUUGUGCCUCUGUGCCAAUGGUAAUGAAAGUAGCGGUGCAACUUGCCAACGGACUAGAACACGCAUUUAACGACACUGACUCCUGUGCACAAUCUGCUGCAGUUCUCGCACUAGUUGGAGAAUCUGGCUCCACCGCGGCAAUAACCACUUCAAGACUUUUCGGCCCAUUUGCAAUUCCGCAGGUGAGUCAUUACGCAACAUGCGCGUGUCUCAGUGACAAGCUACAUCAUCCUACUUUCUUCAGGACCAUCCCCAGCGAUCACCAUCAAGCGGCCGCACUGGCGCGGAUGGUCAAGCGCUUCGGGUGGACGUGGAUCGGGGCUGUACGCAGUGAUUCAGACUACGGGAACAAUGGCAUGGCAUCAUUCUUGAAAGCCGCGGAGCAGGAGGGAAUUUGUGUGGAAUAUGCAGAGGCCUACUACAGGACUCAAACGCGCAACAAACUGCAAAGAGUCGCUGAUGUCAUCCGAAGGUCAACGGCUCGUGUCGUAGUUGCCUUCAUGGCUGCAGGAGACAUGAGACUUCUCCUAGAAGAGCUGAGCCAACAGCCUCCUCCUCCGAUGCAAUGGAUCGGCAGCGAGGCGUGGGUUACAGACCCACAGAUGCUGCGAUUUAAUUUGAGUAUUGGUGCUGUUGGUUUUGCAAUACCGCGGUCCGUAAUUCCGGGUUUCCGUAAAUUUCUUCUUGAUAUGUCUUCAGAUCAGGCGCUAAAGAUUCCCGUGCUGAAAGAAUUUUGGGAAAGCUCAUUUGGCUGUAGUCUAAAACAACAGAUAGGUUAUUCUACUGGCAUGCGCGCAUGCGAUGGUACAGAGGACCUUGGCACGUUAAAGAACCCGUACACAGACACGUCCCAGUUGCGCAUCUCUAACAUGGUGUAUAAAGCCACAUAUGCUAUAGCUCAUGCACUCCAUGGCAUUGUCUGUGACGGAAAACGUUGUGACAAAAACAUCAAAGUAGAGCCCCGAAAGGUUUUUCAUCAACUUAAGCAAGUGAAUUUUUAUAAAAAUAAUUAUUCAGUUUCAUUUGAUGCUAAUGGAGACCCUGUGGCUGUGUAUGAACUUGUGAACUGGCAGCUUCAAAGAGAUGGUUCAAUUGAUUUUGUAACUGUGGGUAAAUAUGAUGCAUCCCAGCCUAAAGGCCAAGAAUUCUACUUAAACAGAGCUAUCAUUUGGUAUGAUGGCAGUGAAAAGGUGCCUGUGUCUGUGUGCAGUGAAAGCUGUCCACCAGGUACUCGGAAGGCUGUAAAAAAAGGAAGACCUGUUUGCUGUUAUGAUUGCAUUAACUGUGCCGAUGGGGAGAUUAACAAUGAAACAGAUUCAUUAGAUUGUCAUAAAUGCCUACCUGACUACUGGCCCAACACUGAGAAGAACAAAUGCCUUCUUAAACCAGUGGAGUUUCUGUCCUGGGAUGAGAUUCUUGGGAAUACCCUAGCUGCUUUCUCUAUUGCUGGCUCUUUAGUGGCUUUAAGUAUGGCUUUAGUGUUUUAUAAGAACAGGGCUUCUCCAAUAGUGAGAGCCAACAACUCUGAGCUGAGCUUCCUGCUCCUCUUCUCGCUGACUCUGUGUUUCCUCUGUUCACUCACUUUCAUUGGUCAGCCCACUGAGUGGUCCUGUAUGUUGCGUCACACAGCGUUUGGGAUCACUUUUGUUCUCUGUAUCUCCUGCGUUCUGGGGAAAACAAUAGUUGUGUUAAUGGCCUUCAAAGCUACACUUCCAGGAAGUAAUGUCAUGAAAUGGUUUGGGCCUCCUCAACAGAGACUCAGCGUUUUUGGUUUCACUCUUGUACAGAUUAUUAUAUGUGUGCUUUGGUUAACAAUAUCCCCACCAUUUCCUUACAAGAAUAUGCAGCACUACAAAGACAAGAUCAUUCUAGAAUGCAGUUUAGGGUCAGCUGUUGGUUUCUGGGCUGUGCUGGGUUACAUAGGCCUCCUAGCUUUCCUAUGUUUUGUUUUAGCUUUUCUAGCCCGGAAGCUGCCUGAUAACUUCAAUGAGGCUAAAUUCAUCACCUUCAGUAUGCUCAUAUUCUGUGCUGUAUGGAUCACAUUUGUCCCAGCUUAUGUCAGUUCUCCAGGCAAAUUUACUGUGGCUGUAGAGAUUUUUGCCAUUUUAGCUUCAAGCUUUAGUCUGAUUCUCCUUAUUUUUGCUCCAAAGUGUUUCAUUAUUGUAUUUAGGCCAGAGGAAAACACCAAAAGACAUUUAUUGGGUAAAAUCCCACCAAAAGCACUCUGA